AUGUCAUCUGGUUGCUCCGUGGUUGACUUUGUCGCUGGCGCCGGGAUGGCCCAGAAACUGUACAUCCUCGUGAAGACUUCAGCAGACGCUGCCUCCGAAUAUGAAGCUGCAAUGAAGGAACUUGUCCUGACCCAACAGGCCUUCAUCACUGUGAGCCAACUCAGCCAAAACCAGGUUUUUCUGCCCCGAGACACAAUCAACUCGGCGUCAUUUCUCAUCUCAUCGUCACUGGACACGAUCUCGAAAUUCCUUAAACGAACCGAAUCCCUGAAAAAGAGUUUGUCCAGUAACGGGCCGGCAACUAUUCGAGAUAGCGAGUGCAGAAUUGGGUGGGAGUUGUACGGGAAAGACGAACUGAGAGAGCUACGCGAGAAGUUGCAUAACUGUCUCGCUGCGCUGAAUCUUCUGCUCUCCGCAGCGAAUCUUGGACAUCGCUCUAUUCUCCCUCCAUCCACCCUAUCGCACGCUCCGACCCUCGAUCAAAAUGAUGGAUAUACCUCAGGAUCUACAUGUGUGGAUUUGGAAGUCGUCGACCUCAUAGGGGAAGAGCUGGGUUCGACGCGUUCGGAUCACCAGACUGUCAAAGAGUCCCCAAAAACUUCAGCCAAGCCCUCGCAGCUGAAGACUGAACUUGGAGGCAAGCUUGAGGCUGCCAAAUCUCCUGCUUCUUCACUCGAGAAACCCAAAACGCUGAGCAGCACCGGUGGCCCCGACCAUGCAUUGUUGGAGCGGCUUGCAGUCCUGGAGAAGCUAGCAGUAGAGAAGAAGGAUUGGGAAUCUAGUCAAGCCGAGCGGAGAAAGAAUGCCGACUUUCUGAUCUGCCACGCAGAAUCCGCAUUUGGGUCCAAACUGCAAGGCAAAAGCAUUCCCAAAGGAAUCUGAAGACUUGACGACAGACGUACCUAUUUCGUUCAAGGAUGCAGUAGGAAGAAAGUUUCAUUCCCGUACGAUGCUUGCAAGAGCUGGAUGAACCUUGAGGAGCUCAUAAAGCAG